AGAAUUUGAAGAUAAUGACAAAAACAUAAGAAAAAUAGGAACGGCAUGUCUGUCAAAACAGUCAAAAAUACUCAAAGAAUCAUUACAUUUCAAUCUUUUUCAUCAAUGCGUUGCACCGCUUAGUGUAAAUCCACAGAAUUCCAGUUUUUUACAGAUUCAUUUCAAUCCGACCUUGAAAAAGCUUAAAUCUUUAAUUUCGUACCAUUCUUUUUCUCGAUAAACAGUGAUUAGUCCAGUCAUGGCUGACCAACAUGAUGAUCUAGACGAGCUCCUCGACAGUGCUCUUGAUGAUUUCCAGGGUCUCAAUCUUACUCCUCCAUCUCAAAGGAGUGGAGGUGAUGGUAGUAAUGAGAGCAAACAGCAAGAAUCGGCCCUUUCACUGCCGAAGGGGAUUCAGGGUUUGGGUGGUGGAGGAUUGCCUGACUUAAACAGCAAGAAAAAGGGAAAGCAAAAGGCUGCGAAGGAAUCCCAUGUUUCGGACGCACUCGAUCAACUUAGGGAGCAAGCAAAGGAGGCUGUGAAUGAGUUAAAAUCGGCUUCCGCUCGGAAGCCGGAUGAUUUUAGCAGUGAUGCAAUGUUGGAUGAUUGGGUUAAGCAGUUUGAGGACUUCUCUGGCACACAGGACAUGCAAUCUUUUGUAGAGACGAUGAUGCAACAACUCUUGUCAAAGGAGAUUCUUCAUGAACCCAUGAAGGAAAUUGGAGAAAGAUACCCUGCAUGGCUGAAGGAAAACAAAGCUAAUUUGACUACGGAAGACUACGAGCGCUAUUCUCGCCAAUAUGAACUCAUAAAGAUCCUUAAUGAAGUUUAUGAGAAAGAACCUAAUAAUUAUACCAAGAUUACUGAUCUCAUGCAGAAAAUGCAAGAAUGCGGCCAACCACCUAAUGAUAUUGUGCAAGAGUUUGCUCCUGAAAUUGAUUUCAAUAAUAUUGGCCAAAUAUGGAUGAUGCUGUGACAAGUUCUGGUCGGAUAUUUUUAAGAAAAUUGACCUUGAACGUCUCCAGAGAUGCUCGAGUCCCAGGGAAAUUGUUGCAUAAUGUGAGGCAGCUUCACCUCUUCAUUCCUCUACUCAUUUGCCAUUUUGCUUUGUCGUAUAGCCAUAGGUAUUUUCUAAAAUGUAUUCGUGAAAGAUACAGUAGUUCACUCAAGUUACAGUUAUUUUAUUAUGAGUCCUAAUAAUAGUAGAAAAUGCUUAAUUCAGGGCCUCGAUUCAUGAUAAA